AUGAUGACCCAAGAGUCACCCGAGAUUCCCGAAGUAGGGGGGAAAUCAAACUAUGUACUUGGCCGGGGUACAACCGAAUCAAAACGACUGUCAGAUCAGCAUGAGGUCCUCCUCAAAGCAGCCGGAGGCUACUUUCCAGUCCCAUUAUCAAUUGAAUGCGAAAUGCUCGAGGCAAUCCUUGACAUUGGAACUGGUAAUGGCGCUUGGCUUUUAGGCCUUCGACAGUCGGGAAUAGUACCUACCUCUGUUGAGCUCUUUGGCGUGGACGUUAGUGAUAAAAUGAUGCCGAGUAUGGAGUUCGGCCGCAAGUUUGGCCUCAAUCUGCAAGUGAAAGAUCUAUGUGAACCUUUACCAAGUAGCUGGAAUGGGAAGUUUGACUAUAUACACGCGCGGCAUGUAUUCAUUUGGAUUGAGCCAUAUAAAUGGUUGGACGUUAUGUGCAAUCUGAAACGUGCCCUCAAACCAGGUGGCACUCUCCUGAUCAUGUACCCCGGUGAAGUGCCGUACAACCAUCAAACCGAGAGACCGCUGGGAACUGAUACCGCGCCUGGAAGAUUAUUUUCGGCAUUUCUACAAUAUACGGCAUCUGCCGGCCUACCGCGUCAAGCUGUGGCAUCUCUCCCCAAAUUACUACUUGAGGCUGGCUUCGACUCGGGUUCAAUAGUUACCACUACGAAACGAAUCAACCUUGGAAACGCGGAGCCAGAUUCAGCAUUGCGGCCUGCAUCCGCGCAUCAUCUUGACUUUUUGCUUGAAUUAAUGUAUAAUCAUACGGCCUCUCCAGAUGAUGGGCUUCCGUCCCCCGAUGAUCACGUUGGCUGGGAAAAUUUAUUACAAGGAUGGCGAGAAGCCACUCACGCAGGAUUUUUCUAUGAUCUUUGUAUAUUGUCCGCGAGAAAAGCGAAAAAUUGA